AUGGAGAAGCAAGAAGCUGCAGUGUUGAGGAAUAAAUCAUGUCCUAUAGAAAUGAAACAACGAUUUGACGACGAACUGUCCAAAAUGCGAGUUAAUGCUGCAAGAAACAGUUUUUUCUUAACCGAAAUUUCUUACCAGAAGUUAAUAAAUGAUGUACAAAAUGCCAAAACGACUACUAAGAAGGAACCCAGGGACUAUAAAUUACUAAAACGUUAUGAUGUAAUAAUCGUAGGAAAGAAAAGUAAACUCAUUUAUCCUGUUAAAGAAGGUAUCAAUACUAUACAGUAUUACAUCACGGACUCAGAGUUAUUUCAAAUACUUCAUGAAGCUCAUUUAGCUACUGGACACGGAGGACGUGAUAAAAUGCUGAAAGAACUUUCAACCAAAUACAAAAACAUUACGCGUCACGACCUUGAACUGUAUAUCCACCUUUGUGAACAUUGCCAAAAAAAAAAGAAAGGUAUUAGAAAAAGCAUUGUUUGGAAAUCUACGAUUAUUUCCGAAUUUAAUUCCCGUUGUCAGGUAGAUCUUAUUGACUUUCAGUCUCAGCCGGAUAGAGAAUACAAAUUUAUUAUGGUGUACCAAGAUCAUCUCACACAAUUUGUGGUUCUUAAGUCUCUAAUGUCAGAAAAAGCUGAGGAAGUAGCCAAUAACCUAGUGGAGAUAUUCUCGUUGCUUGGAGCACCAUCAAUAUUACAAUCUGACAAUAGUAGAGAAUUUGCCAGUAAUGUGGUAACCUGCUUGAAGGAACUUUGGCCAGCACUAAGUAUCGUCCAUGGGAAGCCUCGCCAUUCACAAAGCCAGGAUAGUGUCAAAAAAUUGAAUCAAGAUAUCGAAAAUAUGGUCUGUAUUUGGAUGCAGGACAACAAAUCUAACUACUGGAGUGAAGGACUGCGUUUCGUUCAAUUUAUGAAAAAUAGUACUUAUCAUUUUGGAAUCAGAAAAACACCAUAUGAAGCUCUGUUUGGCUGUGAAUGUAAAGUAGGGCUUACAACGUCUUCUCUAUCAGAAGAUGUUUUAAAAGACAUAAAUACAGAGGAGGAGCUAGAAAGAAUAAUAGAAAGCGUCCAAACAAUGGAAAAAAAUGAAACUAAUCAGAUUAAGUCAGAAAAAGAGCCUGUUUUACAAAACUUGGAUAAGAUUAUUGUCGAGAGUGAAUUAAACCAACAUGAUGAAGACAUGCCUACCGAAGAGAUUUCCGUUUUGGAUACCUGUUGUGUGUGUUUAAAGGAAACGAGUGAUACACUUGUAUGCAGAAAGUGUCGUCAAGAUAUUCAAACCUACUGUGGCCAUACUAGUAAAGAUAAUGAAAAUGCUAUUGAAGAUAAAAUAAAUUCUAAAAUCAAACUGGAAAUACAAGCGAAAAAAAUGAAAAUGAAUUCGGAAAAUGAAUUUCCCACUGUUCCUGUGGGAACUACUGUGCAAGUUCCUAUUCCUGACGUCGACAAGGGUGAGCAAGGUGAUUCGCGCUGUAUAUUGGCAGUUGUAAUGAGUGUUACAGAGAAUGGUUUCUACCGACUUGGAACUUCUGAAGGAAUUUUAAAACAAGAAUAUGCGAGAUCACACUUCACUUUAUGCAGUAAAAACUUGCUUAGAAUUGAAGAUAUUCCUGACCAAAAAAUUUCUCUCCCGUCAGUUACAAUUGAUCAGUCCAGUGGAAGCAGCCAAGAAUUCGUUAAAUGUAUGUGUAAGAGAAAUUGCCGAACUAUGAAAUGUCUUUGCGUGAAAAAUGUAAUGAAAUGUAAUUCAAAAUGUCAUUCAAGCCUAUCAUGUUGCAAUAAGUAG